UUUUAAUUAUCUUUUUAAGCAUAAUGACGUCAGAAAACGUAAAAGUGAUUACGAGGUGCCGGCCAAUGAAUUCUAAGGAACGGGCUUUCAACAAUAAGAAUGUUUUAAUUAUUGACACCAAUAAAUGUUCUUGUUCUAUUAUAAACCCAACAGACAGUUCAGCACCUCCAAAAACAUUUACGUUUGAUGGUGUUUACGGCGGUGAUUCUAAUACAGAGCAGAUAUACAACGACAUUGCAUAUCCCCUGGUUGAGGGCGUGCUCGAAGGUUAUAAUUGUACAAUUUUCGCUUAUGGACAAACAGGAUGUGGUAAAAGUUUUUCUAUGCAAGGAGUCAACAUACCAAGUAAUCAAAGAGGAAUAAUUCCUAGGGCUUUUGAACAUGUCUUUGAGGCAAUUUCAGUAACAGAUGAUGUAAAAUUCUUAGUACUUGCUUCAUUCAUUGAGAUCUACAAUGAAGAAGUUAGAGAUCUUUUAAGCUCAGACACAAAAAAACGAUUGCAGCUCAAAGAAAGCUCAGAAAGAGAAAUUUAUGUGAAUGAACUUUCACAUCAUGCUGUACAUAAUGUGAUGGAAUGUCAAGAACUAAUGACACUAGGAUGUAAAAAUAGGGUUACUGGUGAUACAAUGAUGAACUCCGAUUCUUCUAGAAGUCAUUCUAUUUUUACAUUAUCAGUUGAAAUGAUGUCAGUAACAAAUGCUACCGAAGAAAUUAAAUCAAUUAAACGAGGUAAACUAAGUUUAGUUGAUUUAGCAGGCAGUGAGCGACAAGCAAAAACUGGUGCUUCUGGAAAUCGUCUCAAAGAAGCUACCAAAAUAAAUCUCUCUUUAUCAGCACUCGGUAAUGUUAUUUCCGCUUUAGUUGACGGAAAGGCGAAACAUAUUCCAUAUAGAGACUCUAAACUCACUCGAUUACUACAAGAUUCUCUUGGUGGUAACACAAAGACUUUGAUGGUUGCAUGUCUUUCACCUGCUGAUAGUAAUUAUGAUGAAACUUUAUCCACGCUGAGGUACGCCAAUCGUGCAAAAAAUAUUUGUAAUGAUCCUCGUGUCAAUGAAGAUCCUAAAGAUACAAUGUUACGGCAGUAUCAAGAACAAAUAAAAAAACUGAAACAUUUAUUAGAAUCAUCCAACACACGGUUACCAAGUAGUAGUAUAAAGGAUUUUUCGUAUAAAGAUAAACUUCGUAAUGAUUAUCAAGAAGAGAUUACAAAAUUAAAAGAAAAAUAUCAAGAAGAAUAUAAUUCUAAAUGUCAAAUGCAGGCAAAUUUGAAAACAUUAAAAGAAAAAUAUGAGAAAAAUUUAGCUAAUAUUCAUUUAGAGAACAACAUGAGGCCUUCAUUUCCUCAACAAUUAGUUGAAAAGGCACUUUGUAACAACAAGGAAUUAAAUUCGUCACAACAAGAAGUAGUCAAAAGGUUAAAAAAACUACAGGAAAGUAUGGUUGGUGGAGAAAGAGUCAAUGAUGAGGAACUUCGCGAACGAAGGUUACGUAAAAAAAAAGCAGCAGAGAGAAGAUUAAACGCAUUGGCUAAAGCUUUGGCGAGCGUUGAGUCUGAAGAGGGGCCUCAUUUAGUUUUAGAUGUGUAUGAUGAUAUUCAAGAAGAACUAAAAAUUAAAACUGAAGUACUAAAAAAAUACAAACAAAAGAUAAAAUCAUUAGAUAGAGAAAUAUUAGAUAUUCAAAGUGAGUUUGAAAAUGAAAGAACUGAUUACUUAGAAACCAUUAGAAAACAAGAAAGACAAAUCAAAUUACAAAGUCAAAUUUUAGAGAAUAUCAUUCCAACGUUAUCUAGAGAAUGCAAUUACAGUAAUUUAGAGAGGUUAAAAGAAGAUGCUGAGUGGGAAGAAGAUACGCAAAAUUGGAAAUUACCAGAAUUAACUAGAAUAAAACUCCCCCCGGCUUUGGUUAAUGACAAUGAUUGGAGAAAUUGUCUUGAAUUAUGUCUUUGUCAGUAUACAACAUGCCAUCACCAUUGACAUGAGUUUUGAUGAAUUCAAAGCGAUGUAUUCACAAUGUUAAAAUAAAAAACGGUAUAGUUUCAUUACUAUAAUAAAAAAAUGAUGACCUCAACAAUGGUCCGUUACGAUGUAAGCUUGAUAUAUUCAUAAAAAAGACGCUAGUGUGAAAAGACCAUUUAUACCGAUAUAUCUUUUGUUAAUAUUAAGAUAUCUGAUAAAAGGUUAAAAAAAAUCAUACGCUGAAGAAAAUAAUAUGAUGCAGAGCUACAUGUCAGGAGAUGAAGAAAUAAAAACGAUAAAUGUCGAUGAAGCUAAACAUUCGUUUUACAUCAGCAAACAGCAAAAUUAUUUUUCUAAAUGGAUGUUAGAAAUGGACCCGUUUUAUGUUUUAAAGUAUGUGAAAGAUUAUGAUUUUAUCAUGGGCAAUACUACGGUUUAAAUAACCAACUUUUCAAGUUGGGAAGUUAGCAACACGGCCACUAUAGACUUUAUCAAUAUAUAAAUAAAUAUAAAUAUAAACCUACAAAAUUUUAAGCAAAAGAUCUAAUGAAGACGUGUAAUGGAACGAUCCCAAUAGUUCGAUUAGGACUUUAAUACGCUGCUAGAAGCACUGGAAAUACAGGAAUGAGAAACUAAAUACUGUCAAUAGAAGAAGAGUUACAAAAAAUAGGUGUAAUAUUAUAAGUAAAUAAGCAGAUGAUCUACAUAAAUCACCUAUAAAAAUAUUUCCUAAAUAAUUUGUGGUAUCUAUUUUAGAAUAUGGGCCUAUAAUUUGGAACCUGCAUCAAUCCACCAUAAUACUUAAAAUUGAACGUAUUCAAAACAGGCUUCUUCGCGUUUUAGCAUACAAAACCAAUAAAAUAGAUGCUUCUCUUGAACAGUUAGCAACUGAUUUUAAUAUUGAGUCACUUGAAAAGAGGAGAAAAUAUAAUGAUAUACUUUGGUUUUUCAAAAAAUAUUUUAAGUCUCUUACGAAGAACAAAAGUAUAUAGCAUUAUUCAAAAAACUACAAUAAAAGCUUCUGUUGUGGAGCGAUUUAAUAAAAUACUAAAAGAAAAAAUUUAUUAUCAACAGUACAUACAAUUAGAUAAACAUUUUAGCGGGUUUAUUAACAUAUUAUAAUAAUACAAUACACAGCACCAUAGAAACAACUUCUAGUAUAGCAUCACGUAAUCCUGGAAAAAUCAGUUAACAACUAUCUAAUUUAAAAUACAAUAAAAAAUUUAAUAUUGGAGAUAAAAACCACCUGAGGUAAGCGUAAAACAGUAUUUUCAAAAGAAUACACACAGAAUUGACACAUCGGAAUUCUUUAAUAUUGCAAAAAUUCAAGCUACAAAACCCAUCGUGUACGAAUUAACAAAUGAAAACAUCAGACCAAUAAAUGGAUGUUAUAUGAACACAAACUUAGUAAGACUUAGCUUCCUAAAGUAUUCAGUGAAAAAGGUCAUUAAGAAGAAUAAAGAUACAUGUUUUGUCAAAAUUGUUGGUUUAUAUUAAGUAAUCAUAAAUUUUUUUUGACGUUUAUUGUAAUAAAAAUGUUAGUUAAAUAAAUAGUUAAUUACAAAUACAACUCGAAGUUUUUUACUUAAUAAUUUAAAUAUAUAUUUAUGCACAGGAAGGAACAGAUCUAAC